GAUAAAUAUUAUCAUUUUACUUUAAUAACAAUUAAUAGUGACGGUACUUGUUGUAUCACGUCGUGCCUACAGUGUUCUCGGACGAGGUCGGUCGGUAGUGCCUCCGACCCGUUCCGCUUACGACUUGAAUACCCUUCACAGGGAAGGUGGUGUCCUCACCUAACCCUUUUCUGAUCCUUGCAUGAUUUCUUUUCUUUGUUUAUCUUUCCUGUCUCUAGAUCCUAGACGGUCCCGUUCGUUUUCCUGUGGCCCGCCCAAAACUUCUUACCAAAUGUCUCUAAGAGCCAUACAGAAAACCAUACAGUCGUAUGGCAACAUCAAUAAAAUCACCUCGUCCCUGAAACUUGUGUCAGCUGCAAAAAUGGCAAAGACGGAGCGCCUGCUGAAGGACGUACGACCAUUUGGCUACGGCACCUUAUCGUUCUACAAACAUUACACACACAUCAACAUGCUUGACCAUAUUGAAAACCAUCUGAUAUUUGCCAUCACGUCUGAUCGAGGUCUAUGUGGCGGCAUACAUGUGGCUGUCGUGAAAAAAGUUAAACAAGAACUGGACCGCUCUGAUCAACAAUUUGCAAAGGUUGUGUGUGUUGGCAAAAAAUCAGAGGAACUGUUAGCAAAAUCGUAUAAAUCUAACAUUUUAUUCACAGUCUUCAAAAUUGGCAAAAAUAAUGCCACAUUUCUAGAGGCUUCAAAAAUAUUCAAUGAAUGUAAUUAUGCUGAAUUUAUUGCUUGUCAGAUAUUUUACAACCGUGUUGUUACUAAAGGAACGUCACAAGUUGACUGGAUCUCUAUUUACAACACAGACUUCCUUCUUACAGUAGCCCAUAUUGCAAGUUUAGAAGAAGUAGAAGAAGAAACUAUGAAAAGUUAUAUUGAAUUUUCUACUGUUUCACUUUUAUUUUUUGCCAUGGUAGAAAAUGCCUUCUGUGAACAUUCUGCUCGUAUGAUAGCUAUGGAUGCUGCUUCUAAAAAUGUUAAGAAAUUGAAUGAAAAGUUAUCUUUGGAAUAUAAUCGUAAAAGACAGUUUAAAAUCACUUCCGAUCUUAUUGAUAUUGUUUCUGGAAGUCAAGUUAUCACUGAAAAAUAAUCAAUUUUAUCAAAAACAUGCCUCUUUAUUUAGAUUUAAUUUUAUAAAACACACUGAACCUAUAAUAAUUUGUAUUU